GUUUCUUAACGUCUGUGUCGGUGUACGCUGGAGAGCUAAACAAACUAACCCUGGCUUCAGCACAGGUGGCUCGUUCAUCUGCGAGCAGAUUCGACCCUAUAAAGCGCACAGGUGCACAGUAAUUGCACAUAAAGCAGUUCAUGUCUGUUUGAAGCUAUUCACUUAUUGUUUACUGCUUCGUUUAUUUCAUUUAAAAAAAAAAACUGCAACUAUGAGUGCCGGAGGUGGAACUCCUUAUAUUGGCAGUAAGAUAAGUUUGAUUUCAAAGGCCCAGAUUCGAUAUGAAGGCAUACUGUCUUCUGUGGACACGGAGAGGUCCACCGUUACUUUGGCCAAAGUUAAAUCCUUUGGUACAGAGGACCGGCACACGGAGAGACCAGUGCCUUCAAAAGAUGAGAUAUUUGAAUAUAUAAUAUUCAGAGGAAGUGAUAUCAAAGAUAUUACUGUGUCUGAACCCCCAAAACCACACCACGGACUACCCCGAGAUCCUGCCAUUGUUCAGUCAUCCAUGGGCUCAUCUUCUGGAUACCACCCACGUUGGAGUCCAUGCAGAGAAAUGAUGCCCACCUUUAACCAACUGGCUGCUGGCUCUCUGCUGGCUCAGCAGUACAAUGCAGCUUUAGACCCAAUGCCAGUACUUCAUUGUACAGCCAGAAGGGCACCUAUGGUGGAGCAGGCGGUUCAAACCGUGCCUUUGACCACAGCCGCACAGAGGAGGGGAAAGGCUCCAACCCCACCGCAGAGCAGGAUUCCUGUUCGUCCGUCUAGGGGCCCCCCACGAGAUGCUUCGCGGGUUGAGAAGGAGAAUGUUCCCACCAGUCAAGCAUCAAAAUCAGCCGCAGCAAAGGUACAAGGCCAAAGUUCUGAUGAUCAGAAAACGAGACAAAAACAAGGCAGUCGCAGGGCCAGGACCAGAAGUCGUGGCCAGCUCUUGGCGAAAAACUCUAAAGUCACAGCUUUGGAGUUUGAGGCAGAUUUUGAUUUUGAAACUGCGAAUGCUCAGUUUAAAGAUCAUCUGACAAAGGAGGUGAAAGCAGGUGAGAAACUGGAGUCUUGGGAGGACCAGCACUCAAAACAUGAGCUACAGGAGGAAACUCUUGCAGAGAAGUAUUAUAACAAAGCUAAAUGUUUCUUUGACAACUUCUCAGCAGACCCUAAACCCAGAAGAACUACCUGGGCUGAGGAGAAGAAGCUGAACAUGGAAACAUUUGGAGUCCCUGGUCGCUUUCUGAGGGGGAGAGGAUUCAGGGGACGUGGGCGCAAAGCAGAGGGCAGCACAGAUGGGCAAACCCUUGCCAAGAUUGGCAGUGGGAGGGUGUGAAAACAUUUUUGUUAAUGCUACUGUAAAUGUUUUCUACUUUAAAUCAAUCUCUCUGACUUCACCUAAGUAAUUUAAUUUAAUAUUUAAGCUUUGGCUUGUUUACAUGAAAUGGGAGCGAUUUCUUUUUAAUCCAGCAGCUGUGUACUAGAAGCAGGCAGUAUUGACUGUCCCUGGAUCAGGAUAGCAUUUCUGUUUAGUGUAUUGAUCUAUGUACUUAUGUGUAACUCGAAUGGUCUUGAAACUAUUUUUCUUGGCAUUGGAUUUUUUUUUUCUGCUCCUUGUAAAAGAUUAAAAGUGGAGAAAUGUGCAACAGUCGCUAUUAAACUCUAUGUUGUGUAAAGGUG